AUGGCCUUUCCGAUCGCCAACUUGAAAACAUCAAGCGACGACAUAUGCACGAUCUGUUUCUACGAUACUGGAGCCAGGAUGCGAUGCUUCCCGGCGAAGAUCAAUGGAUACUUUCCUACCCAGGUCGAUAGCGUCCGUGGCAACGAGAUCUUAGGGCAUCCCCGGAGACUUGAGCAAAUCAUCGCCUCUGUGGGCAACAAGAAAACCAAGAUUACCGUCUCGCCUAAUGGUAUUGUUGGAGGUUAUCCUCAGGGCUACCACGAAUGGGCCACAAAAAGAAUCGCCUUCUUCGUCGAGACCAGGUUCGACUUUACGACUUCUCUGACACCGGCGACCAUCGUGUCAUCUACUCAAUGGUUGCACUUUGCUGGACCAUCAUCGAACGCCGCGCUCCAAGGUUUUUUGACUUCGGGCUUGCGUAGUGUCACUAUUCUAUCGGGAAUCUGUUUGUUCUCGGGCAAGGCCAUGACUACGGCUACCAAAGACGUGCCGAUUAUCGACCUUCAGGAUGGGCAAUGCAACAGAGCUACGCUCUACGAGUUGGAGUACAUCGCCCGUAGUGCUCCGGUUAUCGCAGAUCUUGCCAUCGCCUCCCGACCGGCGACGGAGCGGACUACUCAUAUCAAUGGUGACAAAGCCUACCAGCCGCUCCAGAUUUGCCUGGACAUUCCCAGUUUCCAUUACUACCAGACCAUUGACGAUCUACUGCGGUCUGGUCGUUGUGGCUUCGCCGAAGCUAUGAAUUGGCUCCAUACUAUAGAGACGCACCAUCAGCAGAUCUCGCACAUUUUCCGUGGUUAUCUCCACGUCGAGCUGAUGCGCCGAGACCCGUCCAUCAAAUCAUACGCCAUCAGCGUCACCCCGGGGGGUGAGCGAAUCCUCUCGACCAUCCGCAAGUCGCUCAUGAAACGUUCGCUUCCAUCAGUGCAACAAGCCAUCGACGAUCUCAAGGUUCACGAACCGGGCUGGACAAAGUUCAUGCAAUUUGUGCCCGACACGGAAAAGCCUAAGGAUUUCAGAUCACUUGGCCAAAUGUUCUAUGUAUACCAGGUGGUACGGCACGCCUUGGGUGAAGAGUCAACACAACCGAAUUUGUUGAUCAGUGUCGAGGACAGCGCCGAACGCGGCGUGUAUUCACGCGCUCAAAAGCUUCUCAAGAGAAUCCGAGACUCUACAUGUUCGGCCUCGCCUAUACUACUAGAGACAUACCUCUGUCCGCGUGUCUUUGUCGACAACAACGCUCACGGAUCGGAGCUGUAUGCUCACGACCCGUAUCCGGCGUCAGUCUACGAGAGGUACAACUUAGAGAGCGAGAAACCACUUCUCGGCAGUUCAAGAACGCGCCUCAAGCUAGACCGUGCUGGUAGUCAAAGCGAUGUCGUCCCGGAGGCUGAUCCGACGCUAUUGGAGCUGGACACUUUGGAAGUAAUUGAGAGAUUGUAUGGCGAGAGAUCGGCUACGCUGCUGCGGGAACUGGGUAAAGAGUUAGGCCUGUUUGAUGUGCCGAUGCAGCCUUAG